CUGAAAGUAAACUGGUGUUUGUGCUUCAGUCUCUGGGAGUGUUUGCAGUGUGCUGCUUUAUGUGUCCGCAGUCUGACUGAGGAUUAGACUUAAUGGGAUUUUGACUGCAGGAUGAAGAUUCUGCUGCUCCUCUUACUCAUUUCCCAGCAUGCCACAGCAGUGGAGGUGUACGAGGGGGCAGAGUCUGUUCUGCUGCCCUGUCAGUUACUAGCUGCUCCCAGUGAGUUCACAGCAGCAGUGUGGGACCGCAAGGACCUCAACAUCCCAACAGUCCAUGUUCGUGUGAAGAGUGGUGAUGAUUUGGAUGACCAAAACCAGCGUUACACCAACCGAACAUCUAUGAGUGCUGAUGCUCUGCAAACUGGAGACCUCAGCCUCACUCUGAGAAACCCGACAGUCUCUGACAGUGGAACCUACACCUGUAUCCUCCGCAUCGCUGGACGAGAUGUGAGCUGGAUUUACUUACAACUGAAGGUCACAGAACCUCCUCCUCCACCUCCUCCAGUCUGGCCCAAAGUUCUCUCAGCUGUCUUGGUUCCUGUGGUUGUCCUGGCUAUUUGCUGUGGUAUCGGCAUGUUUUGUGGAUAUAAAAGGCUGAAAAAUAAAGAAGUUCGUGAGGUGGAGGUGGGUUCAGGUGUGACGUCUGCCAAGCUGCCCUGCAAAGCCACAGUUCACCUGUCUCAGGUAAAUAAAGUUGUGUGGAAGGACAGAGAUGGCAGGAUAGUCCACGUGUAUCAGGAAGACUCUGAUCAGCCUGAAAAACCGCACAGACGUUACAGGAGCCGAACAGAAAUGAAUGAAGACCUCAGUCUGACCCUGACAUACCCCACAGAAACUGACACAGACACCUACACCUGCACCGCCUACAGCAGGGAGGGAAAAGUCCUGAUGGAGAAAAAAGUGGAGCUGAAAGUCAAAGACUGUCAUGUAGAAGUGAAGGACGGGGCGAAGUCUGUCCUGCUGCCCUUUCAAACCACAGAAAACCUGCCUGAAGACACUGAAGUGGUGUGGAAAUGCCUUGAACCCAAGUACAUGAAGGUCUAUGUGUAUGAGAACCGCUCUGACCAUCCUGACAAACAGGACGAACAUUACAAAGAUCGAACGGAGAUGAAGAAAGACCUGCUGACCGCUGGAGACCUCGGUCUGACCCUGAAAAACCCCACGGAGGGUGACAGUGGGAGAUACGGCUGUGAGGUCAACAACAAGGAAACCUGGAGAUACAAGAGAGUGUGGCUCACAGUCAUAGGGAAUAACCAGGCCAAGAAACAAACAGAUAACAUCAGGAUCAGGUCCAAUGAUCAAUCAGUUUGAUGUGUUCGUUUCAUUAUUAAUCUGAUUUCAAAGAGCAAAGGUCCGUGAAGGACAUCAUGAACAGACAAUGGAUGAAGGGCGGAAGAUGAUUUCACCUGAUACUGAGCCCUUUGUUUGUUAUUAGUCUCAGUGAGGUCAACAGUCUGUCCUCAUAUUUGUCAGUUCUCAGUAUGAUUAGACAAGCAACAGUGUCACUUUACUGUUGGCUGUUUCAGUAACAUGAAGAAAGUACAGUGCAAGAAAUAUAUCAAUAUCAUCUGCAUGUGAUGUGAAAGAAUGUGAAGCACCAUUUAUACAUUUGUUCAAUGAACAUUUUAUAUAGACUAAGGUACACAAGUAUUCAUUAACCCUUUAAAACUGUUAGGAGCGGUAGACGGAUGGAUGGAUGGAUGGAUAAAA